AUGAAGUGGAGCGUCCGGGGAGCCUGCGCCGCUCUCUCCUCCUGCCUGCUGCUCGCCUGCGCGCUCAGCGCCGCCGCCGUGGGGCUGAAGUGCUUCUCGCUGGGCUCCGAGCUCCGGGGGGAGCCGUUCCGCCUAGGCACCGCGGCCGGAGCCUUCUACUCCGGGCUGCUCCUGGCCGCCGGCCUCUCGCUCCUCGGCUCCGCCCUCCUCUGCUGCCGGCCCAGGGACGAGGCGGGCGGCGCGGCGGCCGGCCCCGCGGGGACUACGGCUGCGGCCGCGGGGGCUCCGGGGGCCCCGGGAGCGGCGGGGGCCGAGGCGCGGGAGGGGGGCGGCCCCGCGCCGGCCAGCCAGAACUUCCUGCUGCUGGGGGUGCUGGUGUUCAUGCUGGGCGUCCUCAGCGCCUUCGCCGGGGCCGUCAUCGACGGGGACACCGUGUCGCUGGUGGAGAGGAAGUACUCGCACUAUUGCCUGCAGCAGCAGCAGCAGCAGCAGCAGCGGGGCCCGGUGGCGGCCCAGGCGCCGCCUCCGGCCGGCCAGUCGCUGGGCCAGCUCGGGCCGGCGCAGGUCCCGGCCCCGGCGCGGCCCCGCGGCUCCUCGCUGGACAGCUCCACGUCGGCCAAGUGCCAGAAGCUGAAGGACUACCAGCGGGGCCUGGUCAUCUCCACCGUGUUCAACUCGCUCGAGUGCCUCCUGGGCUUGGUUAACCUGCUCCUGGUGAAGAACUACAAGUCCUCUCAGGCGCGCCGGGGCCGGCGGGGCCGGCGGAGGGGCGGCCGGGCGGGCCGGGCCGGGGGCUGCGGCGGCGGCGGCGGCGGCGGCGGCGGCGCGGGCGGGCGCGGGCCCCCGCAGAGCCACCCCUACCCGCCCCGGCAGCGCCGGCUCCAGAGGGCGCGGCGGGUCGGACGGCGGCUGCAGCCGCGGCGAAGCGACGGCUCCAUCUUCUCCCCGGACGAGCCCGACUUCUCGCCGCCCGGCAGCGGGGACUUCCCCGCCCGCCACUCGGUGUCCUACAUCAACGUGGGCGUCUUCCACGUGCUGGACGAGGCCGGCGUGGAGGUGCAGUGUGGGGGUCACCCGUCGGUUGAGCUCCCCGGCUACUCCCCGUCCGACCCCGAGCUGGACGCCUCCUACCCCUACUGCUCCCCGCUGCCCAGCGAGCGACCCCCGCCUUACGAGGAGAUCUACCCCCGGGAGCCCGGCGGGAUGGUCCUCUGAGGGCGCCCGGCGCCGGACUCCCCGCAACCCCCGGGGCCGGGGCCGGGGCCGGGGCGGACGAUGGCUUGGCGGCCGCGGGCGGGGGGCUGCGGGAGCGGGGCCCGGCCCGCCGAAA